CAAUAACCCACUCAUCGGAUAUUUGACAACUUUGAGAGGAGAUCAAGGUAUCAAUAGUGGAUCAUGGCUCAUCGCGUCUUGCUAAAUUUCCUCUACUGAAUAGGUCUAUGACACCGAUAUAGCGGACAUUUUGUAGCUUGGGUCUCAUUGUGGCUGGCUGGCAUCAAUUCUGCUGGGGUUUUGCUUGCUUUGUUCUUCUAGUCAUUGUGUCAUCUUUGUCUUUGAGUGGCAUCUUCUUUUCUGCCAGUCACCGUCCCCAGUCGUCUUUCUCUGUGUCUUUGUCACUGUUGCCUUGUGCAUGUUGUCUUAGAAUACGAGUCUGAUCCUUUUCUUUAGUUCCAAUAUGUUUUUCUUUUAUCGGGUUGAAUUGAAUUUGCCAGGAAAAUAUGUCAAUGUAAGCCCUUUUGUUACUUUGGUUUCUUGUGAUAUUAAUUUCAGGUUUCACACUCAGCGCCCUUGCUAUACUGUGAGUAUUAAGCCAAUGGAGGCACUGAAGGCUUGUUAUGGGGAUGGAUCUUCUGAUUCGGAUUCUGAAGCUGCCCCUUCAUGUACAACUAAAGCUCGCUCCGAAGAAUUCACACUGUUGCCACCACCUCCUAUCUCACUCCUUGACCCUCUAAGUUUGCUUGGUUCUCAAGAUCUGGAAAUAGGACAGACAACUAGAGUUAGGAGUUUCCCUCAUGUUGAUGGUAACUAUGUCCUACAUGUAUACAUACCAAUUCAUAUUUCAUCUUCAUCAAAAAAAGAAAUAGCCACUUUCUUGAAGAAAGUCACCUCUCAGGAACCUAAUCUUCAUGUUGUUGACGUUGAUCUCCCACUUAAAGUCCUCUGCAAAAGUGAUGAGAAGCUUGAACAGGUUGCCUUGGGAAGGGAGUUUCACAUAAGUUUGGGACGAACUGUUCCAAUAGGGGUUCAUCAAAUUGACUCAGUGGUCUCAAUGCUUCGACAGAAACUUCAAACACGACACCAUAGUUAUUGGAUUGACUUCAACCAGUGGGAGGUAUUCGUAAAUGAUGAUCAUACACGCACCUUUCUCUCCUUAGAAGUUGUUCAAGGAGGUUUAGUAGAGAUAACAAAGCAAAUUGAAUUGAUCAAUGCAAUUUAUAAGCUUCAUAGCCUUCCUGAAUUUUACAAGGAUCCACGGCCUCACAUAUCAUUAGCAUGGGCAUUGGGUGACAUAAGCCAUUCCCUAAAGAAUACUGUAAACGAGGUAUCAAAGAACUGCGUUGCGAAAUCCCCAAACAAAUCUAUUUUUAGCUGUAAAUUCAAAGGAAUUGAGUGUAAGAUUGGCAAGAAAAUAUAUACAGUUUGUAAAAUCUCAGAUUGAAAAACAAUGUUAAGUAUGAAGAGCAUAGUCUUUCUUGAAA